AUGCUCAUUCCAUAUAUUACAAGUCCCUCGCGUACGCUUGCCUUCUUCCAUGGCCACCAUUCCAUAUCACAAACCCCCCCACCAUCACCUCCCCUCCCCCCCCUCUUCCCCAAACCUCUUCCUCCUCUCACUCACAAACCCCCCUAUCCUCUCCGGCCGUUCCAACUUCUCCAUCUCUCUCCUCGCAAUCUCCCUAUCCUUCUCCGGCAAACCCCACCACUCCCUCAAAAACUUCUCCUGCUCCAGCUUCCUCCUCGCCUUCCUCUCCUUUUCCUUUUGUCUCUCCACCCGCUUCUCAAACCACUCCUCCCUCGCGGCGUCCUGUUCCUCGGGCGUGGCGUGGAUCUUCAUGCAGUUGUUCAUCACGUGGAGGGGUCCGCGGCAGAGAAAAGGCGCGGAGAAGGUGCGGCCUUGGGCGCAGUCUGCAAAUGCUUUAAUCUCAGGCCCGCACUUCGCCCUCACCCGGGCAUAAAACACAUCCCUCACCUGCGCCUCCUGCGACGCCGACAGCGGUAG